AUGACAAAACUACAACUUUCUAUUAAGGCUAAUCAUGGUUUAGAUCAAUGUAUCUACAAUGCACCAACAAUUUUGCAAGUUGCUGCUACAUGGAUAGAAAACAAUAAUCCUGUAAAUUAUACUAAAUAUGAUAUAAUAGUGCAAUCGAAAUCUCAAGGUUUACAAAUAGUAUCAGAACUUAGUAGUUGUUAUAACCCAAUGCAAUAUUUGCUACUUUUUUUCAAAAAAAAUUAUAGCUGGCAUCCAGAAAUUUUACAAACUAUGAUGCAAAAGAAAGUUACAAUAUUAUUUGUACAAAUUGCACUUUUGUGA